AUGUUCGCUGCUGAUGCCCAACCGCAUGUUAUGAAAGGCGACUUGCUUGAUAUCGACUUCACAAUAGACAUGGACCAUCGCAAGCGUCGAAGGAACAGGACGACCCAGUCAUGCCUUAACUGCCACACCUCCAAGCGCAAGUGUGAUCGUAAGCGGCCUUGCCAGAGAUGCAUACAGCUUGGUCUCACAGGACUUUGCGUCUACGAGGUCGAUGAUCCCGCUCUCAGGUCUGUACACUCACGACAGCAGGCGCGUAACUCAAAACUUACGUUCUUUGACAGGGAUGACCCUGAUAUUGAUGAAACGACCCGCUUGCGGAAUCGAAUUGCUGAACUCGAGAGUCUCGUAAGGGAGCUUCGUGGUAAACCACAUCCUCGUUGGGCCGAUCCAAACUACUAUGACGGUGAUGCAAGUGACAAAUGGCAUACACGCUCACAGAAACGAGGAAACAUUGCGGGCGCAGCACUUGCCAAACAACGUCGGCAGCAUACUCCGCAGCCAGGCGCUCCCUUAGUCAAGACGGAGCCUGUGGCGGAAGUACAGCAUUCAAAUUGCUAUUACCGUCUUUCACCAUCGCCGCCGCCGUCUGCUACGAGUACAACGUAUUCGAUGAACAUUGGUCAUGUGCCAUCGAACCACUAUGCGACGAAUGCCUACGAAGCAGCAUGUAGUAACGGGAACUCCGGUACUACCGGUUGCUCUCCGGCAGCUUACUCGCCUUCUUCGUCGGCAUCCAGUGGAAUGAAUGGAAACUCAGCGACUAACAUGUAUCGUUACGAGAACACUUGUGCAUGCGUUUCCGAUCCUGCAGCGAACCAUUCCUUCGUCGCUCUUGCGCGACAACUUGAGGGGAUGUCAAAUUAUCUGCAGCACCUUCCAGGGCACUCGCAGAGCAGAUGUUCCAUCUAUCGACAUAUUCAGGACCUCAAGAGCAUCCUUCAUGGUGAUGAAUCACCUAAACCAUCCUCUGCACCAACUACAGGCCCUUAUACUAAUUUCGAAGGACAUACUUCUGAAACGCUUCGAUCACCGGUUGAAAGUGAUUUGAUGACACCUAUCUCAAUUCCUACGUCGGUGCCAAUGUCGGCACCGCCGACACCUCACUCGUUGCAUAUGCUUCAGUGGGGGGCAGAGAAUAAUGCGCAUCACAAUGGUCAUGUGAAUGCAUAUUUCGCGAAUCCGGAUGUUUAUGCCAAAACGGUCGGAGCAUACGAUGUUGUUUCUUGA